AUGACAGCAUUCACUUGGGCCAAAGCAGAAGAAACCUCAGACGACCUGGCACCUGUCGGUCAAACGCACGAAAAGCGUCUUCUCGCGAAUGCUUUUGCAGAAAAGCCUAUUCAGCAAGAAUUUAAAACGACUAAUAUAAUUUUGAUGGUUACUAUCGAUGGAAGCUUGCAUUGCGUUCGUAGAGAUACUGGUAGCAUUUUGUGGACGAAAGAACGUGUAGCCGGAGGUCCAUUAGUUAGGGAACAGGCUACUCAAAAGGAGGAAGACGAACAUAAGUCGGAUGCGGUUUCUGACGAAUCAGAAAGUGAAAAUGCUUUGUCAAACGAAGUAGAAGAACCCAUCGACUCGGUUCAUGAAGAAAUCGAUGAUAAGCCCGACGGUGAUGAAGGUGUAGAGGAAUUUAAAUUCAUGGUUGAACCAAUCAAUCAAGGAAGACUAUACUUGUAUUCUCACCGUACGGGAUUGCAGAAAUUUCCAUGGACCAUACAAUCUAUGGUUGAUGCUUCCCCGCGCCGCUCUGAAACCGGACAAGUCUUUGUCGGAAGCAAGAAGAGCAAACUUUUUGCAAUUGACCCACGAAGUGGCGCAAUUCUUAAAUAUGUUGAUAGUGAGGGAGGAACGUGUCGUGCUUCCGCUUUCGACGUCUUGCCACCGGAUACUUUAUACAUUGGGAAGAACGAAUACAAACUUACCAUACACAAUAGAGGAAGCACUAAGCCAGCUGUGGAUGUGGCUUUCGACGAAUUCGUCCCAAGUACUCUCGAUAAUGAACCCGAGCUAAACUAUCAACCUCCACAUUACAUUGCCUCGUCUCCCGACGGCGAAGUACGUGCUACAGACGUCGCCAGCGGCAUGGUCGUAUGGACUCUAAAAUUGCCGUCGCCAGCGAUGACUAUAUUCAACGUUAUCCGAGGAGAGGAUUCUUCUGGUUCGCUCUACGUAGUCAGACAGCCCAAAAUACCCAUCAGCGAAAAUGACAAUCGCGACCCACUUUUGUCGACUCAUAUAGGAUUCAUAGAAGGUGCUUACUUUGCAAUGUCCAGCGAUAAUUAUCCGAUGGUUCAACUUGGAAAUUGGGCAAAAGUUUCCCCGCCUCCUGUUUCUGAUUACCCGGUUUAUGCCGUGGACGGUACUGACGAUGAUAGCGAAGAGUCAUGCUAUUCGAAGGCUGCAAGAUAUCCGGAAUGUCUGGUCGGAAAACAUGCAAUAAAUCAACGACUUCUCUCAUCAUCUAGUGAAAACCAAGAUAAAGCUGUUCCCGAAGAGGAUGCGCCAUCAUCUGGCAGUCCCAACGAGACUCAAUACUAUAAGUUUUUCGUUGUACUUUCCUGGUUGACUGUUAUAGCACUUGGGAUAUGGGGGACGUGGACGCAGUAUGGUGGGCAGAAGCUUAGGAAAAAACACCAGUUUCCUAAAGACAUGAAGAAGGGCACGCCCAAUAAAAAAAAAAGGAAAAGUUCUACAACAAACAAGAAGGUUUCUUUUGAAUUGGCUGAGAACGAGGACCCUGAUUUGUCGAUGCUUACCGAGAAUGUGUCACCCACGACCGCUGUUCGGACGUCUAUUGUCAAUGACUCUAGUAAUGGUAAAAUUUCACCUAAAGACACGGAAACAAUUUUUGAAGUAAAACUCAGUAAACUUGUAGUAUCAGAUGUCGGCAUAGGCUGGGGAAGUCAUGGGACAAUAGUAUACAAGGGAACAUUCGGAGGUCGUGAGGUUGCGGUUAAGCGCCUCCUUACCGAUUUCUACGACGUAGUAGAGCGUGAAGUAUCAUUAUUAGAGAAACAUGACUUUCAUCCUAACGUAAUACGCUACCACUGUAUGGAAAGGAGAGAAAAUUUCUACUACAUUGCUCUUGAGCUCUGUGAUGCAUCACUCUACGAGGUUAUCGAACGGCGGGCCGCGAUUCAGAAUCCCGAAUUGCUCACAGCGUUUGCGUCUGUUAAAUCUCAGACCCUUCUCUACCAAAUUAUCAGCGGGUUGAAUUACUUGCACGAAAUGAAGAUUGUGCAUAGGGACAUCAAGCCACAGAAUAUUUUAAUAGCACUAGCGAAAGGUGGUAAUACAUCUAUUCAAGCGAAGAUAUCUGAUUUUGGUCUAAGCAGGAAGAUAGAGGGAACCGGUAGUAGUCUCCCUGGGACAAGCAGUGGUGGGGGAACUAUUGGUUGGAGAGCACCAGAAUUGCUGCCGCAGUCAACAAUUGAUAAUUAUACAAGCGAUAGUUUUUCAUCGUCAUACGCAGAUGAAGGCAGUGAUGAGCAACCACGGAGAUUUACCAGAGCAAUUGACAUAUUCUCUGCUGGAUGCUUAUUUUAUUAUAUUUUAUCAAACGGAGGACAUCCGUUUGGUAACAUUAUUUCUAGAGAAGCCAAUAUUUUAACUAAUAUAUAUAAAAUAGAGCAUUUGGAGCCUGAAGCCAAAGACUUGAUUGAGCGGAUGAUAAACAAUGAUCCGUUGAAAAGGCCGAAGGCGGGUAAUAUAAUAAUACAUCCUUACUUCUGGUCUCCCACAAGGCGUCUUGCAUUCUUACAAGAUGCAUCAGAUAGAUUUGAAAAAGAAGGACGCGAUCCACCAUCCGAACUCCUUAAGCGUCUCGAGUUUGGGGCUCGUGCAAUAACGGGGUCAGAUUGGCAUUUUCUUCUUGAUGGGGUAAUCAAGGAAAAUCUUAGAAAACAUAGAUCGUACGAUGGCACUAAAAUUAGAGACUUAUUGCGCGCUUUACGAAAUAAGAAAAAUCAUUACCAGGAUGAUGAUGAAAAGGUAAAGCGUGCAUUAGGCGAUCUUCCUGAUGGUUUUUUGAAUUAUUUCACUUCUCGGUUUCCCGGACUCCUUUUACAUGUAUAUAAUACUGUUGCUGAGAAUGAUAAUUUGAAAAAUGAGAGCGUAUUUAGACAAUAUUUUAGUUCGGAAGAGCGCAACAGCUGA